AAAUGCUGAUGAUAAGUGUUCGCUUGUGUGGUUGAUCGGAGCGUUGUAUUGAGUGAAAAAACUUUUUUGUGGUUCUUUAUUAUUUAUCCUAAAUCAUGAUGGAUUAUGAAUUUAAGAUGAAGACGCAAAAGGACCGGAUUAAAGUCGAGGACUUGUUCGAAUUCGAAGGUUGUAAAGUCGGACGUGGUACUUAUGGUCACGUUUAUAAGGCUCGAAGAAAAGAAGGUGUACCUGAUAGUGAACUAAAAAGUAGGCCAGACACCAAAGAUUUUGCUCUAAAGCAAAUUGAAGGUACAGGGCUAUCCAUGUCAGCUUGUAGAGAAAUCACUUUGCUCCGAGAAUUGAGACAUGUAAAUGUCAUCACCCUCAUCAGGGUAUUUUUGUCACACAACGAUCGCAAAGUUUGGUUACUAUUUGACUUUGCUGAGCACGAUUUAUGGCACAUCAUCAAAUUCCAUAGAGCUGCUAAAGCUAAUAAGAAACAAAUUCUAGUUCCAAAAAGUAUGGUAAAAUCAUUGUUAUAUCAAAUUCUUGAUGGCAUACACUACCUUCAUUCUAAUUGGGUUCUUCAUAGAGACUUGAAACCAGCAAAUAUUUUGGUAAUGGGUGAAGGAAAUGAAAGAGGCCGUGUUAAGAUAGCUGACAUGGGAUUUGCUCGUUUAUUUAAUGCUCCAUUAAAACCAUUGGCAGAUUUAGAUCCUGUUGUAGUUACUUUUUGGUACAGAGCUCCUGAAUUACUUUUAGGUGCUAGGCAUUACACUAAGGCUAUAGAUAUAUGGGCUAUAGGUUGUAUAUUUGCUGAGCUCUUGACCUCAGAACCUAUCUUCCAUUGUAGACAAGAAGACAUCAAAACCAGUAAUCCAUACCAUCAUGAUCAAUUAGAUAGAAUAUUCAAUGUAAUGGGCUUUCCACUGGAAAAAGACUGGGAAGACAUUAAAAAAAUGCCUGAACAUCAAACUCUACUGAGAGACUUCAAAAGAUCUAACUAUGCCAAUUGUUCUCUUACCAAAUAUAUGGAUCGUCAUAAAAUCAAACCAGAUAGCAAAGCAUUCAAUUUGUUACAAAAAUUGUUGAUGAUGGAUCCAAAUAAGAGGAUAACAUCAGAACAGUCCAUGCAAGAUCCUUAUUUUCAAGAAGAUCCACUGCCAACUCAAGAUAUCUUUGCUGGAUGUGCUAUUCCAUAUCCAAAAAGAGAAUUCUUGACAGAUGACGAUUCAGAAGAUAAGACUGAAAAUAAAAAUAGGCAAAAUCAACAACAAACAGUAAGGAUCACUCAGUAUCAACAACAAAAUCCGCAACAGCAGCAGCAACAAGGCAAUGGUGAUCACAAUCACGGACCCAAUCCCAAACGAGUAAGAUUGAACGGGCCGCACGGAGGUCCUGAGUUUCAUCAACAUCAGAAUCAUGCUAUGCAACACCAGCAACCACCUGGCAUGGUGUAUUCAACGAAUCAACCGACUCAACCCUCGAAUUUCCAUCAACGUUUUUGAUGAAUCUCUUUAAGUAAUUAAAAAGAAUAGACUUUUAAAAUUCGCCCUUGUAAGCAAGCGCGAUUGGAUUUUUUAGUAUACGCUCGACGAAAGUUGAACCGUUCUUGAAAAUUUUCUAAUGUGUAUUAACGAGACUCGUUUCUAGAUCCUAGAAUAACUCUGAUCACAGAGCCGUGAAAAAAGAUUAUUUUAUCUUAUCAAUAUCUUCGAUUGAUGAUCAUUAAUAACACAAACGAUACUUUAUCAAAAGUUCGGUGAUGUGUGAAUUUCCAGCCAAGUUUACGAUUGCAGUUCGUGAAAAGCGCACUUACUAAUAUUUGCAGAGAAAAGUUUUAGUGUAUGAAAAAUGAGUAUUUAUCUACAAUUGAUGAGUUUUUUCAUCUUAUGAAGAUAUUAUACCCCUGAAGUUUAAAAUUGUGAUAAUUUUUUCUCUUUACUUCUAUUUUUAGAAUGAAUUUCUCUUUAAAGUUUUUACAAUCACCUAGCAAACAAUUUGAAGCUACAUUAAAAUUGCAACGAAACUCGGAGAAUAAGUACUUGUAUAAUCAAAUUAUCUAAUUAAUGUAAUGCAACAAUCAUUGCUUCAAUACCCCGACACAGAAAACAUUUACAAAUGAUUAAAAUAAUCAUUAUCUCAACAGCAAUAUAAUUCCCGGAUUUGCAAUGAAUUUGAACAGUUCGCGAAACUUCGUUGCAGUUGCAACUGCGACGAAAUCUCUCAUGGGUGCAGUUCGAUAUUCGUCAUCUUGAAGUGCUCGUCAAUUUACACAGCCUCAAAGUAAGCUGAUAAUUUAUUUUGAAACGGGAACUUUUUUUCAAUCAUGUAAUGUUAUUAUGACGAACUUCGCCUGAUUGAGUAGCUAUAUUUAGUUAUUCGUUUUUUUUAACCCAUUUACUAUGUAAAUUAUUCCUGACGAAAUUCAGGCGAUCAAGUUUUUAGAAAAUAUACGAAUCAAAUUAAUAAUGAGUUGUUGGCGUCGUUACAAAGCCACGCUUGUAACUAUUGACCCACGUUGUAGUUGUUAGAUAAAAAUUUUAUUUAAUUCAAUUUCAAAGGUGUUUGCUGAAGUGCAUUUUAAAAGUCGACUCCAUAGCAUUUAUAUUUAGACUAAAGUGUAAAGUAUUUUUUCUCUUUUAGCGGUUAGUUUGACAUUUAGGUAUAUUCAUAAAGGUAUAACUUAACUAAUUAAUAAUUUGACUAUAAAAUAUUUAUUAUCGCAAAUUCAAAAAAUUAAAUUUCUUAUAAAGAUUUUUAAUUGAAAAGCUAUUUUCAUUUGUUAGAUGUUGAAUUGUUUGAAUGACGGCAUGAAUAAUAACGUGAAAACAACCAUGUAUUUAUGUAAAACACAAGGAGAGAAAAUAAUGAUCGACAGGAGCAUUGCUAUAUGAAUAAAAUAUUUUUCAAUGAAA